GGGCUUGCGCCGGCGCCAUUUUGCGGAGCGCGGGCGCGGGGAGAGGAUGUUGUCGAACGCGCAGCUGCUGGACGAGCUGAUGGGCCGCGACCGCAACCUGGCCCCGGACGAGAAGCGGCAGAACGUCCGCUGGGACGACGACAGCGUGUGUAAAUACUUCCUCUGUGGAUUCUGUCCAGCCGAGUUAUUUACUAAUACACGCUCCGAUCUGGGUCCUUGUGAGAAAAUUCACGAUGACAACCUGCGGAAGUAUUACGAGAAGAGCUCGCGAUUCAUGAAGGUGGGCUAUGAGAAGGAUUUCCUGCGCUACCUCCAGAACCUGAUGGCGGACGUGGAGAGAAGGAUCCGUCGUGGGCACGCCCGGCUCGCUCUGUCCCAGACUGCCGCCACCACCGGGACCCCGACUGGAGGUCCUGUGAGUAAAAAUGAAGAAAAGGGUCAGGUCCUGACAGAGAAGAUAGAGGAGCUGUUGGAGCAGAUUGAGGAGUUGGGUUCCGAGGGCAAGGUGGAGGAAGCGCAGGGGAUGAUGAAGCUGGUGGAGCAGCUGAAGGAUGAGCGUGAGCUGCUGCGUUCUGCCAGCUCGACCAUCGAGAGUUUUGCGGCGCAGGAGAAGCAGAUGGAAGUGUGCGAGGUGUGUGGUGCCUUUCUCAUCGUGGGUGAUGCCCAGUCCAGGGUCGACGAUCACUUAAUGGGGAAGCAGCACAUGGGAUAUGCCAAGAUCAAAGCCACAGUGGAAGAACUGAAGGUGGUUCGGAAGAAAACCGAUGAACCAGAACGUGAUGACAAAUUAAAACGGGAGAGGGAAGAGCGGGAGAUCGAGCGGGAACGAGAGCGCGAGGAGCGGGAGAAGAAGCGUCGUCGGGAGGAGGAGGAGGAGAAAGAGAAGGAGAAGGAGAAGGAGAAGGAGAAGGAGGCGCGACGCCGGAGGAGCCACUCACGGAACCGGCAUUCCCACUCCAGCCGCGCGUCCGAGAGGAGGCGUAGCCGCUCGCGAGACCGCAAGCGUUCCCGCAGCAAAGACCGGGAGAAGAAACGUAGCAGGGGAGAUGACCGGCGAAGCAGGGAGAGAUCGGAGAGGAGCAGAGACCGGUCAGAGCGCAAACACAGGUCCCGGAGCAGAGAUCACCGCAGGUCACCCAGUCGGGAAACCAAGUCUCAUAAACACAGAAGCCGGAGCAGAGAGAGGGAGCGGAGGUCAAAGGACAAAGAGAGGAGAGACUCUGAUGAGGUGAGGAAGAGCAGCCGCAAGUCGAGUCAGACGGACAGAGAGGGUGCAGUGACCCGGGCAGAGUCCAUGGAGGUGGAUAUUUCCAAAAGCGAGGUCAAUGGCAGAGAGGAAGACCUAAAAUCUGAAGGUGACACUCAGUCCAAUUAAAACUGAUCUGAUUUGACCUCAGAUCAGGCCAAGGAGUGGCCAUUUUGAAGACGUCAAGGAAUCCGGUGAAGAUUUGACUCCCUGUUCUGAAGGCUCUGCCCAGUUAAAACAAGGUGAAAGAAAGCUGUGUAGUGGUGUAGAGGGGGAGAGAACUUGUAAUUUUUAAGCAAAAAAGACAAAGUAUUGAAUUGAAUUUGUAUGUUUAGUUGCCCUGAGGAGUUCCCAUUUCUUGUGCUUCACUGAUAGUGAGCUUGAGUCCUGUCCUUAACCACAAAUGUCAGGCUAAAGUGAGCAGCCCAACCCAUGUGACCUGCAUAUGUACCCAAAGGUUUUCCUUGACGUUUAAGUUUGUAGAAACUGCUCUCUGUAAAUAACAGGCAGACUGAGUUCUUUAGAGCUGUUCUGAUUCGGGCUCAUCUCUAUCUUUUUGCUCCUGUGGCCACCAUUUUUUUGUUUUUUUUGUUUUGAUAGUGCUAGCUGCAGCCUCUUCCUUUCCCAUCCCACUGCGAGGACGUGUUGAGAUUUUUCCCUGACCUGCUGUUCCUGUAUUUUGAAAAUGGUUGCUGUAAUUUGCAAAUUUUAGUGUCAACUAUGAAUAAAUCUUUUUUCAGUAAAUAUUC